AUGGAAGAGGAAGGGUUGCUGAAUAAAGGGUACCACAUCCCCAAUCAUGAGCUGCCCUAUGACCCUCCCGAGGAUCCCAGUGCUCUGUGGCACCACAAAGUCCCCAUCUCUGGUGUCAUUGAUGGACUUGGUGGCUGCUUAAAUAAUGUCAAGAACUUGCCUUCCCCACCAACCAAAAGGACAGAUGUUUCCUCACCAAUCCGUUUGCCCAGAAUGCAGGCAGGACCCAGGCCCAGCAUCACAGCUGCCCUUAGACCUCUGGUGAAGCCCAAGAUUGCCAAAAAGAGGACCAAGAAGUUCAUCCAGCACCAGUCAGACCGAUAUGUCAAAAUUAAGCAUAACUGGCAGAAACCCAGAGGUAUUGACAACAGGGUACAGAGAAGAUUCAAAGGCCAAAAUCUGAUGCCCAACAUUGGUUAUGGGAGCAACAAGAAAACAAAGCACGUGCUGCCCAGUGGCUUUCGGAAGUUCCCGGUCCACAGCGUCAAGGAGCUGGAAGCGCUCCCCAUGUGCAGCCGAUCUCACUGUGCUGAGACUGCUCACAAGGGUUCUGCGAAGGACCGCAAAGCCAUUGUGGAAAGAGCGGCCCAGCUGGCUUUUAGAGUCACCAAUCCCAGCGCCAGGCUGCGCAGUGAAGAAAAUGAAUAAACAGCUUA